GUUUUCGAUAAAAUGGCCGAGGAGCUCCGAAUGCGUGCGCAUAUACUUACAUACACACCGUUUCGAAGAAGGGAGACAACAUCAGUUGAUACAAGAAAUGUGCAUAUCUUAAACCCAUUUUAAAACGCCAAUGUAGUCUGUUACAGAAUACAACUCAUGAAAAUGUGAAGAGACAAAAAUGGCGUCCAAGAAAGUUCCCUACGCUUGGAAAACAUACUUCAAGCUGCUGAAUGGAGUAUUUUGCAUUUAUAAACCAACUGGAUUCACACAACGUGUAACCAUAGAACAUUUAAGAAGAAAUAUGGUGAAAGAUCUUAAUGCUCUGCCACUAUAUAGACAUGAAAUUACUGCAUACAAAGCCCUCCUGGCCGGUUCAAAUGACACAAACUCAUCACUAGAACAACUACCAGGGGAGAAAACUCAAGAGGCUCUGCCAGGGGCCACAACUGCAUUUGAAACCCUGGACGAGUCUAUUGUGGAAGAGACAGACAAAUUCACUGGUCAGACAGAUUCUGUUUUUCCUUUGUUGAAGAUACGAGAUGCCAGGGAAAAAAAAUUGAGGUUAAAGGAUAUAGACAAAAUUGGAGAUGGAGGCCUUUCUUAUCAUGGGCAUGAAGGAGAUAGGACUUGUGAGACAGAUGUUAUUGAAGCAAAGACACUACCGAGAUAUCAUAACCUUUGACUGGUUUUGGGAGAUGUGUUCGAAAAGGAAGAUGUCUACAUUUUCAGCCCUCAUCCGCUCAACUACAACUCCUCUGGACUAGAGUUGUUUGGAAUCGGGCCAAUGGGAAGGACACUGAUGCACGCCAUACAGGAUGCAGCCUACCUGACAGUGUACCAUGUGAAAGGGAGGUUUGGCUAUGCAACAGACAACUUCUUUCAUGAUGGAAAAUUCAUAGAGAGAUCCACUUAUGGUCAUGUGACCCAGGGUAAGCUGGACAAGGUGUGUAGUGCAGCUCAGACCAGCCACCAGAGACUCAUGUUCACCUAUGCUGGAGUUGACCCCCAGAGUCAAGAUGCUUAUGAACUGGCCAGUAGGGGCAUAGUUAGGCCUAGUUCCCUGGACACACCUCCAAUACUGUAUGGAGUGAAAUGUAUACACUUUAACCCUCCAGACUUUACUCUAGAGAUCCAUGCCAUAAACGAAUACUGUGAGUACCUAGCCGAGCUUGUGAAUGACGUAGGAAUGCAACUAAAAACAACCGCAGUUUGUACACACAUUCACAGAAUUCGCCAUGGUUACUUCGAGUUGAGUGAUGCAUUACUGUACAGGAAAUGGAAUGUCGGAGAUAUCCUCGAUAAUAUGAAACAGUGUCGUAGGCAUUUGACGUUUGAUAAAUUGUGCACUGGGUUGGACAUUAGAGAGAGAAAUGAAGAAUAUGAUGGUGAUAAUGAUGACGAUGAUGAUGAUAAUGAUGAAUUUCAAAGUGAAAAGCAGUUCCAAAAGAUUUUUGAUAGUGAAAGUGCUAGCCUGCAGGAGAUGUUGAAAGAGUAUACAAAGAGAAAAGAGUUGAUCAAAAAGGAAAGAUCGGAACAAAUGUCAACAAAAUCAACUUCUGAAAAUGAAGCUCAUCUGUCUUACUCGGAUAUUAAUGACGAAACAAACAAUGGUGUUCAAAGUUCUGUUGUAAAGUGAACAUUUAUAUUAAUUUGCAGUUUUGUUUAUAUCAUUAAAAUAGAACUGUUGUUAUCUGGACUAUUCAAAGAAUAUGGAGAGCUAUAUUCUACUCACCCUGGCGUCCGGGUCACGACUUGGUUAAGGUUUUGCAUGUCACUACCUUUCACCCAUUUAUCUCAUAUACAUCAUGUAUUGCAUUGAACAUUAGACAUGUGGUCCUUACUACCAAACCUACUUAUUUAAUAAAUUAAGGUGACACUAUUUUGCAAAUUAUAGCCCUUUAUCAUUCGACUAAGGAAUUCUUGUUAUAAGCUCUGAUAUAGUCGAGUGCGCUGUCUCUCUGUAAGCUCUGGUGUACUUAUUAGUAAUAAGUUAUUACAAUGAAAAUAUCUUGCCGCUUCAUCAAUAAAUGAAUUAAGGAAUGUUCAAAAUUCAAAAAUGAGCAGAAAUUUGUUUUAUCUGUUAACCUACUGCUUUUCACAGAUCUGCUUUUCAACCAUCCCGGGCACAAUGUUUAUUAAUAAGGUUAAACGCCAUUGAAAAUUGACUGCUGAAACCUUGUUCUCAUUAAUAAUUAAUGAGGUGAAACCUGGACAUUUGAUUGGACACCUGAGACACACCUCAGAAAAUAGCCGAGCAGUUAUGGUUCAAUAGUCGUGUAUUAUGAAACCUAUUUACCCCCGGUAAAUUCUGUACAGUAAGGGGAACGCCAUAGGGUUGGUUCCGACGAUGUUUUCAAAUGUGGCCAAAUGAUGUUAGAGUGUUAAAGAAGUCACUGGAUUCUACUGUUAUAUAAAAUCAUUUUCUCUUUUGAAGGCAGGUUUUCUAUGAGAAUCAUAUCUUCAUUACUUUCUAACCAACAUUUCCAUCCAAUGUAAUCGCAAAUGGGCCUUUGAUAAGUUUCACUCUUAAUUAAGAAUUUUAGUUUCAAAACUUAACAGACAUGAAAGCAUGAUUUUGGUCACACACCCCCUUCCCUCUCAUUUCCCCUAGCUGAAAACAUGUUUUUAUCAAAGUUGGUGAGAACAUAUGUGAAACCUUUAUUUAAAGAAAGGUUCGCUUACUCUGCCAUUAUACAUUGAUAUUUGACAUAAAAUGUGCGAACUAUUACAUGGUCACAUUUGCCUACAUAUAAAUUAAUUUUAUUGUUUUUGCCCUGUCCGUCAGUCUGUCAGUCUGUCAAAGGUCAAGGUCGCCGUGACCUUGAGGUGAAGAAACAGUUCGCUUAAUAACUGAAGAAUGCUUGUACCCAGGAACUUUAUACCUGGUAUGCUAGUUGGUCAUAACUAGUAGAUGACUCUAUUGAUUUUCAGAUCAGUAGGUCAAAGGUCAAGGUCACUGUGACCUUGAGGUGAAGAAACGGUUUCUGCUCAAUAACUUAAGAACGCUUGCACUGAGGAACUUCAUACUUGGUAUGAUAGUUGGUCAAGUCUAGUAUAUGUACCCUAUUGAUUUUGAGUUAGUAGGUCAAAGGUCAAGGUUGCCGUGACCAUGAGGUUUAGAAAUGGCUACUGCUUAGUAACUAAAGAAUGCUUGCACCCACGAACUUCAUACUUGGUAUGCAAGUUGGUCAUGACUAGUAGAUGACCCCUAUUGAUUUGUGAUCUGUCAGUCAGUCAUUCUGUAAGUCUGUACAUCACACUUUGUCAAGGUUGCCGUGACCAUGAGGUUUAGAAAUGGCUACUGCUUAGUAACUAAAGAAUGCUUGCACCCACGAACUUCAUACUUGGUAUGCAAGUUGGUCAUGACUAGUAGAUGACCCCUAUUGAUUUGUGAUCUGUCAGUCAGUCAUUCUGUAAGUCUGUACAUCACACUUUGUCUGCUUAAUAAAUAAAGAACGCUUGCACCCAGGAACUUCAUACUUGGUAUGCUAGUAGGUCAUGACUAGUAUAUGACCCC